GGUGCACUGGACACUCGGCACGGCCGCCGCUACACCGAGCUAGCUGUCCGCCCGGACACACGAGCGGCGACAUGAGGCUGACGGGGCUGUGCUGGUUGCUGGCGGGGCUGGCGGCCGCGGCGCGCGCCGCCGAGGACGCGGCCGAGGUGCAGCACGACCUGGACCAGGAGACGGCCGAGACCGAGGAGCACGACCUGGGCUUCGGGCACGGCUACGGCUUCGCCAUCCACACGGAGCACAGCCAGCACUACGCGGCGCGCGACGACCUGCUCGCCGGCCUCGACGAGCAGGUGCACGCCGAGCCGUCCGAGGCCAAGCACCAGUACGUGAAGCGCGUGGUCGUCACCAAGGCCGUGCCGUACGCCGUGCCGCAGCCCUACCCGGUCACGGUGGAGAAGCGCGUCCCCUACGCCGUCAAGGUGCCCGUCCAGGUGCCCGUCGACAAGCCCUACGAGGUGACGGUGCUCAAGCCGUACCCGGUGCCCGUCGAUCGGCCCGUGCACUACACCGUCGAGAAGCCAGUCCCGUACCCCGUCAAGGUGGCCGUCAAGGUGCCCGUGGCGCACCCCGUGCCCUACGAGGUGGCGAAGCCGUACGCUGUGCCGGUGGCUGUCGCCAAGCACUACAAGGUGGCCGUGCCCGUGUACGUCAGGGCCAAGGAGCACGGCAUCAAGAACGAUUUCCCGCACGUCAAGUACUUCCCCACCCUCUUUGAACCUCAGCCUCAGCCGCAGCCUCAGCCACAGCCUCAGCCUGCUCCGCUGCCCCAACCCGUUCCCCAACCUAUUCCUCAACCCUUACCCCAGCCCCUUCCUCAACCCCUUCCCCACCCUAUUCCCCAGCCCAUACCCCAGCCCGCUCCCCAGCCCACCCCCCACCCGCAACCCCAGCCUCAGCCGCACUAUCCCGACCUGGGUGCGGGUGGGGACGACCACCACGCGGGAUACACUGAGCUCCGCGAGACCUUCGCGACCCUGUCGACCGGCUCCAGCGACCUGGAGCAGCGACUGGCGGACCUCCGUGAGAGGGGCGGCAGCUUUAGUUACAUGUACCGCCACUAGGAAAGCGCACCGGACCGGCUGCCUUCGAGACUUCAAGACUGAUAUUGUUUUAUUUCGACUGAGUACUACGAUAAGGAAGGUCACGACAGAAAUUGUUUCUUGGACGUGGCCUUUCCGGACUCCGUAACCAGAAUGUUGUUCAAUGCUGCGUAGAGUAUUUUUUGUUUUGCUUGAAUUUGUUGUAUGGGGGGACGCGCGUCUAGUCCUGUACCGUGUGUGGUCAGUCGUAUUACUCCUGCUUGUUUCUAUAUUUAACUUUUUUUUGAGUUUUUGUUUUUGUUAUUGCUGUUAAUUUCUUGAAUAAAUAUUUUGUUGACUUA